UUCGUUAUUGUUUACGUACGUCAUGUCGUAGCAUGCCCCUUUUAAUUUAAUAUUUUGUUUACAGGAUACGGCUAUUUUUAAAUUAGGCGAAAUUGCCGUAAAUGCUGUAAUUUAGGUGGGAAAUUGGGCAGUUUUUCGUGUGCGAGGAGGGAAAUGGCCACGCUCGAGGAUAAGAUACUCGGGGAUAAACUGCAUAAUUAUUGCAGUAGCAGCGAGGGGAGCGAUAACGAGGGCUCGGGGGAUGAGGCUAAGGGGAACCAGGGGGCUGUGGAGGAGGCUAAGGGCCUCCCGGAGGCUAGUAAGUGGGAGGGAACCUCCACCAAUACCGGACCAAAGGGGGUCAUCGAAGACUGGCGAAAAUUCAAACAACUGGAAAACGAAAAGCGCCAAGAAAACGAGCGGGAAACCAUCGAACUGGCCAAGAAACUCACGAUGACCGUGCGUACCGCCCUGGACGAAGAGCGGGAGAGGGCCGCCCUCGAAGACCCCGAACUGGCCGAACUGUUAAACGACGACUUCCUACUCACUUACCAGAAGCAACGGAUGCAAGAGCUGAUGCACCAGGCCAAUCUGAAGAAGAAAUUCGGGCAAAUAGCGUUUUUGCGAACGGGUCAAGAGUUCUUGGACUCAAUAGACAAAGAAGACAAAACAGUGACGAUCAUUGUCCACGUCUACGAGGACCACGUGGAACCCUGCAGGAUCCUCAACGAAUGCCUGAAAAAACUCUCGAAAAUUUACGAGACGGUGAAGUUCGGGGCCAUAAUCGCCUCCACGGCUGGAGUGAGUAAAAAGUUCAAAUCCGACGGGGUGCCCGCGUUACUCGUUUACAAAUCCGGGAAUUUAAUCGGGAACUUUGUGCGUCUCACUGAUGAUCUGGGGGAGAGGUUCGAAGUGGAGGACGUGCAGAACUUUCUGGUCGAACACGGACUUUUGGAGGACAAAAGUUUGACCCCUGCAUUGGUCAAGAGUUCGGCUGCGGAUGAGUCCGAUGAUAGCGAUUGAAGGUUUUCUUUGGUGUCGUUAUAUUAGGCUCAGUUUUGAUUAACUUCUUGGGUCUCAUAUAAGGCAUAGAUUCGAGCUUCUAAAUGUGAUGAGCUAACACUAAUCUGGGCUGCACGGUUCUCCGUUUCGUUUCUUUUUAUUUCACUUUCAGUAUUAUUAGGGGUUAUUUUUCAUGACUAUCGUCACUGCCUUCAAGAGUAGUGAUUUUUUAUGAUAUUUCUUCAAUAAUAAUAACCUAAACGUGCAAUAUUUAGGUCUGUCUUGUACCUGGUAUAGUACUGUCCGAAAUGUAUACCCCUGUACAUAGUGAUAAGUUAGACAACCUUUCUUAGAUUUAAGUAACGAAAGAGGCUACUUACUGUGUCUUUUGUCUCCUAAUACAUGAAAAAGACUGUCCGAGCUUAGCGUCUCUAAAUGUCUCUUGUAAGCUGUCGUUUUUACACUGUAUGUAUAUCUUUUGUAAAUCUAUCUCUAUAAGUAAAUAAAUGAAGGAAAAAGAG